AUGAGCACAGCCCUCGGGGGAGCCGCUCACAAAGCACAGCUCCACCAGGCCAGGCUCUUCCCUGCGCCCCACGGCCUGGCUGCCUCCUGCCUGCCCCAGCGCGGCCCUCGCCCGCCUGCCCCUGCCAUGGCGCCCCCGGCCCCUCCCUUCGCCGCGGCUCCUCCGCCAUGGUUCCGCCCGCGCUCCCCCGGCGGCUCCCGCAAUGCGCCCCGGGGGCGGCGCAGGCGCAGUGGCGGCGGCGGGGCCAUGGCGGUGGCGGCGCCGCUGCCCCCGGCGACGAGAGCGCCCCCUGGCGGUGCCGCGGGGCGCCCGGAGGCGACUGGUCCAAGCCUGGGGGGAGCAGCGGCGGAGGCAGGACCGGGGGGAGAUGCCCGGGCCGAGGGCGCCGAGGGGCUGUUCGUGGUGCUUGGAGCCGGGCUCGCCGCCGCCAGCCACCCAUUGCUCUACGUCAAGCUGCUCGUCCAGGUUGGGCAUGAGCCACUACCUCCAAUUGUUGGAAGAAACGUGCUGGGGAGGAAGGUCCUGUACCUGCCUGGCUUCUUCACCUACGCCAGACACAUUGUGGAAGUGGAUGGGAAAAGAGGCCUCUUCCGUGGCCUUACUCCUCGCCUCAUCUCCAGCACUCUAUCAACCAUCACCAGGGGGAGCGUGAAGAAGACCUUCCCACUGGAGGACAUGGAGCAUGUUUCUAACAAGGAUGAUGUGAAGACCUCCCUCAGGAAAGUGGUGAAAGAGACAUCUCAUGAGAUGAUGAUGCAGUGCAUGUCCCGGGUUGUCUCACACCCACUGCAUGUGAUCUCCGUGCGCUGCAUGGUGCAGUUUGUGGGCCGGGAGGUCAAGUACAGUGGAGUGUUCAGUGCCAUCGGCAGGAUCUUUAAGGAAGAAGGCAUCCUGGGAUUCUUUGUGGGUUUAGUCCCUCACAUCCUGGGGGAUGUCAUCUUCCUCUGGUGCUGCAACCUCUUGGCUCACUUCAUCAACACCUACGCUGUGGACGACAACUUCAGCCAGGCAUCGGUGAUCCGGAGCUACACCAAGUUCGUGAUGGGGAUCGCUGUGAGCAUGCUGACGUACCCAUUCCUUCUUGUGGGAGAUCUCAUGGCGGUGAACAACUGUGGGUUGCGUGCAGGCCUCCCUCCCUACGCUCCUGUGUUCACAUCCUGGAUCCAUUGCUGGAGGUAUCUCAGUGCACAGGGGCAGCUGUUCCGUGGCUCCAGCCUGCUGUUCCGCAGGGCCCCGAUGCCAGCCGGCUGCUUCCCCUCCGACUGACCCAGCAGGGAGGGGAGAGGCCCUUGGACUCCUCCAGACAUCCUCAGCUUGUUUCAAUCUGUGUCUAUUAUUUUCUUUCCAAUCCAAAGCCCCUGGUGCCAGAACAAGACAUCUCAUCUCCAGCAAGGCCAGCAACAAGCUGGCUUCUGGACAUCUGGCUUCAGGCUCCAGCUGGACCAAAGCUCCAUCCUCAUGGCUGUCUCAACCAGGAGGUGUAGCAGAGAGAGCAGAAGGCUGUUGUCUUGUCUCUUUGGUCCAGGCUGUAGCUCUGGAGACACUGGAGAAGUCCAGGAAACCAGAAACUGCCCAGGUACUAAAGGAGCCAGCCCUGAGGGGCAGGGACAAAAGACUGCUUCGUUCUGCCCCAGCUGAGAAGCAGCAAGAGAUCUGAGGUGACCUUGCUGGGACGGCUGUGCCAGCUGGCCAGACUCCCACCUCACCUCUUUUGGAG